AUGUCUUUGGCUCUCAGAUUUGGCGGCUUGUCCGUGCUGUCCGCCUACUCCGGUGGAAUUGUCUCGGUCGCUUUACCCCGUUUGCCAAAAAUCGCCGACUUCUUACCUCAAAUGGCCUCCAAACAAAUCAAAAAUCUACAAGAUUUGAGAAAACAUAUGGAAGGUGGAAACCCACCAUUUAUGAUUGACAACGGCAUGAUUUUGAGAGCUGUUCCUAAGAAGAGACCUUCUCACCGCAGAACAAGAGAAAAGUUGUAUGCUCCAGGUGACAAACAGAUCAAGAAUUUGGAGAAUUUGGGUAGAUGUCCAGCUUGUGGACAUGUCAAGAGAUCUCAUUUCAUGUGCAUGCACUGCUUCGCUGAAAUCCGGUCUUUCUUGAAGGAGAAGAAGAGAGCACUUUUGGGAGAGUCCGUGGCUCCUCAGUCCAACUUGGACCCUGUGGAUGAGAAGAUCAUUUACCCAGGAAAGUACAUGCGUGACUAUGAGCACCGUUUGCAGAAAAAGGACUGGAUUCCUCAGAGAGAGGAGCCUUUGAUGCAUAACAGAGAUCAGGUGAAGAAGAGCAAAUAG